AUGGUGCCCGAGAAUAGAAGGAAACAACUCAUUGUAUUCAUAGUCGUUACAUAUUUGUUAACGUUCUAUUGUGUGUAUUCAGCUACCAAGACAAGCGUCUCCUUUUUGCAAGUAACAUUGAAGCUAAAUGAAGGUUUCAAUUUAAUGGUUUUGUCGAUAUUCAUCUUAUUAAACUCUACUUUACUAUGGCAGCUCCUAACGAAACUAUUAUUCGGCGAAUUAAGGCUUAUUGAACAUGAACACAUUUUUGAAAGACUGCCAUUCACCAUCAUAAACACACUGUUUAUGUCCUCGAUGUUCCACGAAAGAUAUUUUUUUACAGUGGCAUUCUUCGGAUUAUUAUUACUGUAUUUGAAAGUAUUCCAUUGGAUCCUGAAGGAUAGGUUGGAGGCUCUGUUACAGUCCAUUAAUGAUUCUACCACAAUGAAAAAUCUUAUCCUUAGUAGGUUCUCAUUCAAUCUCGUACUAUUGGCGGUUGUAGAUUUUCAAAUUUUAAUACGUUGCAUUUCAUCCAUAUACACAAAUCAGAACAUUGAUAUCAUCUCCACCUCCCUUUAUUUGAUGCAAGUAAUGGAAUUUACAAUGCUAUUGAUCGAUUUGCUCAAUCUGUUCUUGCAAACUUGUUUGAAUUUUUGGGAAUUUUACCGCUCACAACAAAGUCAAUCUAACGAAAGCAACCACAUUGUUCACGAUGAUACUCCAAAUGGAGUCGGUUUUGAAGAAGCCCAUGCAGUGCUUAAUGACGACGAUGAUGACGAUAGACAAUUUACCGGCCUUGAAGGCAAGUUCAUGUACGAAAAGGCGAUUGACGUUUUCACCAGAUUCUUGAAAACUGCGCUGCAUUUGUCGAUGCUAAUACCGUUUAGAAUGCCUUUGAUGCUUUUGAAAGACGUAGUAUGGGACGUCUUAGCAUUAUAUCAAAGCGGUACAAGCCUAUGGAAAAUAUGGAGAAACAAUAAACAGCUUGACGAUGCCCUUAUCACUGUUACCGCAGAGCAAUUACAAAAUUCUGCAAAUGAAGAUAAUAUCUGUAUUAUUUGCAUGGACGAAUUAAUGCAUUCUCAAGCCGACCAAACGUGGAAAAAUAAGAACAAGAAACCAAAAAGAUUACCUUGCGGCCAUAUACUUCAUUUAUCGUGCUUAAAGAAUUGGAUGGAGCGCUCGCAAACUUGCCCUAUUUGCAGAUUAUCUGUCUUCGAUGAAAAGGGUAAUGUUGUCCAAAGCACUUUUACCUCCAAUACUGGUACCACCAGCACCAACACUACUGUCACGGGUGCAACUAGUGCAACAAUAAAUCGACAAGUUUUCACAAACCAGACAGAGCUACUCCCAACAAGAACAACAUCUCCUGAUGUGGGAAUAAUUCCUAACCACAAUAUAAAUACACUAGCAUCAAGGUCAACCUCGACGUCUACGUCAUCUACCAUGUGGUACACUUUCCCGCUGCAGCAAACUGAUGAUGAUUCCAAUGAAUCAAAGUGUUCCACUUACGAAUUUUUAAUGACAAAUUCCAAUGAAAAAGAAGAUAGGAUUCCAGUCAAAUUAACAGUAGAAAGCCAUGAAGUAAACUCCCUGCAGGGUGGUGAGGAGGUACAAGGUACCCAAAAGAGAAUUGUCAUACCCGAUAAAUUUAUCCAGCAUAUUUAG